AUGCGGCCUCGUGAAACCGACUAUGCGGCCUCGGGAAAUAGUUCAACGGCAUUUUAUACCGAUGACUGUAAAUGGCAAAGUACAUGUAAAAGAAAUGGUCGAUAUAAGGGUGUGUGUAAGGGUCACUAUAAGGGCGUGUGUAAGGGUCACUAUAAGGGUGUGUGUAAGGGUCACUAUAAGGGUGUGUGUAAGAGUCACUAUAAGGGUGUGUGUAAGGGUCACUAUAAGGGUGUGUGUAAGGGUCACUAUAAGGGUGUGUGUAAGAGUCACUAUAAGGGUGUGUGUAAGGGUCACUAUAAGGGUGUGUGUAAGAGUCACUAUAAGGGUGUGUGUAAGGGUCACUAUAAGGGUGUGUGUAAGGGUCACUAUAAGGGUGUGUGUAAGGGUCACUAUAAGGGUGUGUGUAAGGGUCACUAUAAGGGUGUGUGUAAGAGUCACUAUAAGGGUGUGUGUAAGAGUCACUAUAAGGGUGUGUGUAAGAGUCACUAUAAGGGUGUGUGUAAGAGUCACUAUAAGGGUGUGUGUAAGGGUCACUAUAAGGGUGUGUGUAAGGGUCACUAUAAGGGUGUGUGUAAGGGUCACUAUAAGGGUGUGUGUAAGGGUCACUAUAAGGGUGUGUGUAAGGGUCACUAUAAGGGUGUGUGUAAGGGUCACUAUAAGGGUGUGUGUAAGGGUCACUAUAAGGGUGUGUGUAAGGGUCACUAUAAGGGUGUGUGUAAGGGUCACUAUAAGGGUGUGUGUAAGGGUCACUAUAAGGGUGUGUGUAAGGGUCACUAUAAGGGUGUGUGUAAGGGUCACUAUAAGGGUGUGUGUAAGGGUCACUAUAAGGGUGUGUGUAAGGGUCACUAUAAGGGUGUGUGUAAGAGUCACUAUAAGGGUGUGUGUAAGGGUCACUAUAAGGGUGUGUGUAAGGGUCACUAUAAGGGUGUGUGUAAGAGUCACUAUAAGGGUGUGUGUAAGGGUCACUAUAAGGGUGUGUGUAAGGGUCACUAUAAGGGUGUGUGUAAGAGUCACUAUAAGGGGGUGUGUAAGGGUCACUAUAAGGGUGUGUGUAAGGGUCACUAUAAGAGUGUGUGUAAGGGUCACUAUAAGGGUGUGUGUAAGGGUCACUGGAAGAGUGUGUGUAAGGGUCACUGGAAGAGUGUGUGUAAGGGUCACUAUAAGGGUGUGUGUAAGGGUCACUAUAAGAGUGUGUGUAAGGGUCACUAUAAGAGUGUGUGUAAGGGUCACUGGAAGAGUGUGUGUAAGGGUCACUGGAAGAGUGUGUGUAAGGGUCACUAUAAGGGUGUGUGUAAGGGUCACUAUAAGGGUGUGUGUAAGGGUCACUGGAAGAGUGUGUGUAAGGGUCACUGGAAGAGUGUGUGUAAGGGUCACUAUAAGGGUGUGUGUAAGGGUCACUAUAAGGGUGUGUGUAAGGGUCACUGGAAGAGUGUGUGUAAGGGUCACUAUAAGGGUGUGUGUAAGGGUCACUAUAAGGGUGUGUGUAAGGGUCACUGGAAGAGUGUGUGUAAGGGUCACUAUAAGGGUGUGUGUAAGGGUCACUAUAAGGGUAUAUGUAAGGGUCACUAUAAGGGUGUGUGUAAGGGUCACUGUAAGGGUGUGUGUAAGGGUCACUGUAAGGGUGUGUGUAAAGGUCACUAUAAGGGUGUGUGUAAGGGUCACUAUAAGGGUAUAUGUAAGGGUCACUAUAAGGAUGUGUGUAAGGAUCAAUAUAAGGGUGUGUGUAAGGGUCACUAUAAGGGUGUGUGUAAGGGUCACUAUAAGGGUGUGUGUAAGGGUCACUGGAAGAGUGUGUGUAAGGGUCACUAUAAGGGUGUGUGUAAGGGUCACUGGAAGAGUGUGUGUAAGGGUCACUAUAAGGGUGUGUGUAAGGGUCACUGGAAGAGUGUGUGUAAGGGUCACUAUAAGGGUGUGUGUAAGGGUCACUAUAAGGGUGUGUGUAAAGGUCAAUAUAAGGGUGUGUGUAAGGGUCACUAUAAGGGUGUGUGUAAGGGUCACUGGAAGAGUGUGUGUAAGGGUCACUAUAAGGGUGUGUGUAAGGGUCACUGGAAGAGUGUGUGUAAGGGUCACUAUAAGGGUGUGUGUAAGGGUCACUAUAAGGGUGUGUGUAAGGGUCACUAUAAGGGUGUGUGUAAGGGUCACUGGAAGAGUGUGUGUAAGGGUCACUAUAAGGGUGUGUGUAAGGGUCACUAUAAGGGUGUGUGUAAAGGUCAAUAUAAGGGUGUGUGUAAGGGUCACUAUAAGGGUGUGUGUAAGGGUCACUAUAAGGGUGUGUGUAAGGGUCACUAUAAGGGUGUGUGUAAGAGUCACUAUAAGGGUGUGUGUAAGGGUCACUAUAAGGGUGUGUGUAAGGGUCACUAUAAGGGUGUGUGUAAGAGUCACUAUAAGGGUGUGUGUAAGGGUCACUAUAAGGGUGUGUGUAAGGGUCACUAUAAGGGUGUGUGUAAGAGUCACUAUAAGAGUGUGUGUAAGAGUCACUAUAAGGGUGUGUGUAAGGGUCACUAUAAGGGUGUGUGUAAGGGUCAAUAUAAGGGCGUGUGUAAAGGUCACUAUAAGGGUGUGUAA